AUGGCUGCUGUUGCUGAAGCAAUUGGUAUCGUCUCCGGACUUCUGGGCAUUGUCCAGUUCGGCAUCGACAACUUUGCGUCCGAACCCGGGCCAGGCUCCAGCUUCAAGGUUGCUGUCGCUCUCGACGGUGCCAACGGCGGCACCGACAACGCCGGUGGUGACCUCCCCGACGUCCGUGUCUGGAACGAAUACACCGACUUUGUCGGCAUAACAGCCGACCCCGGCACCGUUGGCGACGGCAACAUCGGCACCGUCGAUGUCGAGCACGAGAACCAGGGCGUGUACACUCUCUUCUCGGCCAACAACGACGCCAUCUGCAUCGCGUGGGUGACGACGACGUGGAGCGACGAGCGCGGCGGCAACGAGUACGCCGUCAGCGGCGACUUCGGCAAGCAGUGCGGCGCCACCUGGUACUACAGCGGCAUGUUCCCGUCGUCGGACUCGGACUACCAGCCGGCCUGCUUCUGGAUCGACGGCAACGGCGACCAGCCCAAGACGGGCUUCCAGGUCUACUGGCCGUCCUACUCCGGCACCGAGUUCGACGAGUCCAACACCGACCCGAACACCUUCUGCAACGGCGUCGACUUCGGCAUCCGCGACGAGCCCGACCCCAACACCGUCACCUUCUGGACCAAGAAGCAGAGGAAGUCGACCCAGUCCAUGGCCAGGAGCCGUCGCCGCGCCGCCUGGACCUCGUCCGCCCUCGUCCUCUCCGACACCGCCAGCCACUCCGCCAAGGAGCUGUGCCAGUCCGACACCUCGAUGGGUCCCGACUUCGUCCACACCACCGAGGGCCUCUUCUGCGACAUGGGCUCCAAGACCCUCUUCGACAUCUGCCGUCAGGACAAGAAGACCAACUGCUUCGACCUCGACUCCAACUCCCUCCUCGGCAACGGCACCGCCAUCCACCGCCGCGGCCUCGAGAGCGGCUACACCAGCAUCCGCGACUGGCGCUCCUCCGCCUGA